CCAGGGUUUGAAGGCUUUUAAAAGCCAAAUGCAGGAUUUCAUGUUUGAUCCCGGAGGCCGCAGGGAACUGCUCCCAUUCGCUAAGCAGGGGCUGCCCUUUAGGAAAAGCGAUUUGAAGGGCGAGCGAGCGGGGCAGCAGCAGGAGACAAGGAGACUCGCCAGAAUCUCCUGUGACGGUUCAGGCACAGAUGCGCGUGCCUGGGGGAGGGCCCGCAGAGCCCGCGCCUAGAGCCAGGAAGGGGGAAGAGCGCCAGGCUGGGUCGGGACUGGAGCCGGAGCCCGAGCCCGAGCUGGAGGAGGAGCUGGCAAAGGAUGAGGAGCAGUUGGAGCCGCGGGGUCCCCGCCCCCCGCCGCUGGUCCCGCCCUUGCGGGCCAGCCACGGGCUCAAGAGGAAGCCGGCCAAGGUGGAGGCCGAGCUGCUCCUGCAGCACGCGGAUUUGAGAAGGCCGCCCUUGAGAAGGGAAGACUCGGAUGGGGCACAAGGAGAGCCCUCCCCGCCGGCCAAGCAGCACAAAAAGGCCAAGAAGCGCAAGAGCCUCGGCGCGCCCCCGCCUCUGGCUGCUGCCCCCGCGGUGCCCACCCCGGCGGAAACCCUCGGGCUGGAGCGGAAAGCCCAGCGCCUGAGGCCUUUGUAUCAGUACAUCAACUACAGCAACCCGGAGCUGAACCAGGCUGGGGACGGAGAAGCCGAGAUGGAGGUGGAGCUGGGCUUGGCCCCAGAGCAGCCUCCGGGAGGCCCGGAGGAGGCCGGCGUGGAGAGGCCACAGGCCUCGCCCCUAGGAGCGAUCCCCUCGGUGCUGGCUCCCUUUGCCGAGGAGGGAGUUGAAGAGCCUGUGCCCGUCCUAAGCUUCGCCCCGAGCAGCCAGCUGAAGGCCGAGGUGGACAAGUCGACCCAGGUGGACAUCGACAAGAUGCUGAGCGUGUGUGCGGCCCACCUCGUUCCCCCGCUGUCCCCCCAGUACAAGUGACGGGACCGCCGCUGCCUGGCUGGCUCAGGCCCGGGCCCCCUGCUGCCCAAGAGGCCCGGGGAGGGGGCACUUCACUGGUACUUUUGGCCAGAAGGGCCUCCUUUCUGUACCUAAAUACCCCUCUGCCCCCUUCUCGGCUUGGCGGCGUUACUGGGUGAAUGCUUUCUGAAGCUUCCGGGCAACAAACACUUGUAGCAAUUUUUGGCCUGCCCGUGUUUAUUGCCUGUGGGAUGCGCUUCCCUGAGGAGAACCAGGGGAAGUGGGAGCUGCCUAAAUACUACAUCUUUCCCCCUUGGACUCAUCUUAGAAAGAAAAUUGAAGUUCAAGAAUAAAAAGUUGUUUAAGUUUC